UGGCGUUACGAAAUCGGUUUGCGUUCUGCGGCAACUGAAGAGAAUCUUUCCGGCAUGGAGUACACGUCCUCCCCGAAGCCCCAGCUCUCCUCUCGGGCGAACGCGUUUUCAAUUGCUGCUCUCAUGUCAAGUGGGAAAACCAAGGACAAGGAAGCAGAAGAAAACACCAUCAAACCACUGGAGCAAUUUGUGGAGAAGUCGUCUUGCAAUCAGAGCCUGGCAGACCUGUCGACUCUGGAGGCCCACGGGGACUUCAGCGGAAACACGCCCCCGAUCUGCACGGAGCCUCUCAUCCCCACCACCCCGAGUGUGCCCAGCGAAGAGAUGGCAAAAAUCAGCUGCAGCCUGGAAACCAAGGAACUCUGGGAUAAAUUCCACGAGCUCGGAACAGAAAUGAUCAUUACGAAGUCCGGGAGAAGAAUGUUCCCAACUAUCCGCGUGUCUUUCUCCGGGGUGGACCCGGACGCCAAAUAUAUAGUGUUGAUGGACAUUGUUCCCGUGGACAACAAGAGAUACCGAUACGCCUACCAUAGGUCAUCUUGGCUCGUGGCUGGGAAAGCGGACCCCCCUCUGCCAGCACGGUUGUACGUUCAUCCAGAUUCCCCGUUUACUGGAGAACAGUUGCUGAAGCAGAUGGUGUCCUUCGAGAAAGUCAAGCUUACGAACAACGAACUAGAUCAGCACGGCCAUAUCAUCCUGAACUCCAUGCACAAAUAUCAGCCCCGUGUUCACAUAAUCAAGAAGAAGGACCACACUGCCUCGCUGCUUAACCUCAAGUCCGAAGAGUUCCGCACCUUCGUCUUCACCGAGACCGUCUUCACUGCUGUGACGGCCUACCAGAACCAGCUGAUAACCAAGCUGAAAAUCGACAGCAACCCCUUUGCCAAAGGAUUCAGAGACUCCUCCAGGCUGACCGACAUUGAGAGGUACUUGGAAUGCUGUUUCCACUGCUGUCUGGAAAGUGUUGAGAGUUUGAUCCACAAGCACUCCUACGCCAGGUCGCCCAUCCGGACGUACGCGGGAGAAGAGGAGUCCUCGGGUGAGGACGGGCACUCAGCCCACAGCAGAGGCUCUGCCUUCACAGCCUCAGACAACCUCUCCCUGAGCUCCUGGGUGACCACCACCUCCGGCUUUUCGGGCUUCCAGCACCCGCAGUCCCUGUCCGCCAUCGGGACGAGCACGGCCUCCCUGGCCAGCCCGCUGCCGCACCCCAUCCAGGGCUCCCUGCCCCCCUACAGCCGGCUGGGCAUGCCCCUGACCCCCUCGGCCCUGGCAGGCACCAUGCAGGGCAGCGGACCCACCUUCCCCUCCUUCCACAUGCCGCGCUACCACCACUACUUCCAGCAGGGGCCCUACGCAGCCAUCCAGGGACUGCGCCACUCCUCCACAGUCAUGACCCCCUUCGUAUGA